AUGGACUUGUUUCAUCAAAAAAGUUUGUCCAGAAGAACUUCCAGACCCAAUGUGACCAGAAUUCUGUUUGGUCAGCAGCGUCGAGAUCUUUUCAAAUUUUAUCCUUUUAAGAGAAACAUUCCCAUACUCCAGCCUCUGCAGGGGACUGAUUGUUUUGUCCCGUUUUGUGUGUAUGUGUCAGUGAUCCCAGGACAUUCUGUGCAAAUGCUUUUGGGAAUUAUUAAUUUCAUGGCUAGUCUGGCAAAUCUGUCGCACAGCCAGACCAAUUGUACCGGCGCUUCCUUCCACAUCAAUGUCAGGUACUUUAUAGUGGAAGUGUUAACUGCGAUCUUUGCUGUCCUCGGGAAUAUCUUUAUCUGCUUUGCUGUCGUCAGGAGCAAGAAGCUGCGGACGACGACCAAUUACUUCCUGGUGUCACUGGCUGUGGCGGACAUAUUGGUCGGAGCUGUAGCCAUCCCAUGCGCCCUGCUGUCAGACCUCGGCCUGCCCCAGUGCAGCUACUACCUCUGUGUCCUGAUGCUCUGCACCUUGCUCGUCCUGACUCAAGCUUCCAUCUUUGGGCUGUUUGCCAUUGCUGUGGAGCGCUACAUUGCCAUCCUGAAGCCAUUCCGUUACCAGGUCUUGGUGACACCCAGGAACACCAGCCUCACAAUCGUGGCAUCGUGGGUGCUGGCGAUGGCCAUUGGGCUGGUGCCUCUGAUGGGAUGGCGCAAGGCUCCUGUCGCCAACGAGGGCUGCCUCUUUGACAAAGUGAUCGACGAGAGCUACAUGGUCUACUUCAAUUUUAUUGGUUGCACGCUCCUGCCGCUGCUCGCCAUGUUUGUCAUCUAUGCCAAGAUAUUCCUCGAGGUCAAAAAACAGAUCCGCAGGAUAGCCGAGAGGCACAUUGGCAUCAGUGUGGAGGAAAAGCGACGGAAGAUAGUCCGUAAGGAGCUCCACACCGCAAUGUCGCUCUUCAUUGUUCUUUUCUGUUUCGCCCUGAGCUGGAUUCCUAUACACAUUCUGCAUUGCAUCAAACUUUAUUGCCCCAGCUGCAACAUCCCAACUUCCAUGAUGCUGACCAUGGUCAUCCUGUCUCACGUCAACUCGGUGAUCAACCCCAUAAUCUACGUCUUCAGAAUAAAGACCUUCUGGGAGGCUUUCAAAGAUGUCUUCUCGUGCAUCCCCACAGUCCUCAGAAAGCAUUCCAAUCUGGAUUUUAUAGGAAUGACUAAGGUUGAAUCACCGGGGAGCAGGAGCAAUGCACUGCCAGGCAUGUAG